AUGAUCUCAAACUUUGAUCAAUUUUCCAAUUGUACAGCGCCAAUUUCAAAAAAGAAAUCAGAUUUUACUUCAUUACAUUCUAGUCAAUUGGAUUUACUACAAAUAGACGAUAAUACACCUGUUACUCCUUGGGUACGUGGAGAUGUGAUCUAUGAAGGAAUGGAACCCAUUGAUCAUGGUUAUGUACAAAAAAAUAUAUUUGGUCGACGUUACUAUGGAAACUAUCAUCAUUAUCAUUCUAAUCUAAUGAAAUAUUAUCAUCAUUCUACACCAACUGGCUAUGGAAGUGGUGAUACUAACUUCACUACUGUCUAUGAUGUUGACGAGGUAGACAAUAAUGGUAAAACAACGAAUCAGUAUUAUCAUAAUCAUAAUAAUAAUCGUGGUCAUCCCACUGUAUCUAAUCGAAAUUAUUCUUAUCCUCGUGGUUAUUAUCGUGGUGCUUCUUACUACAAUAAUAAUAAUCGAUCAAGAGUUCCAUUCACUUAUUCCUCCUCAUCGACAACAACAUAUCCUCCUUUAACAUCAUUAUUAAAACGUAGUCAAUCAAGUUUUAGUAUUCAUACCGAUUGGAAUAAUAAUCAUAAUAAUCAUAAUCGUAUUAUUAGUAAUAAUAAUAAUAAUCAAUAUUAUUAUCCCAAGAAUGCUAGACGAAUGAAUCAUCAUUAUCAUCCUCGGAAUGCUAAAUAUCGUUGUAAUAAAAAAUUGAACAAUGAACAUUGUACGACAGAUGAAUACAUUGAUGAUUGUUUAUUAACAGAUAUUGAACAGUAUCAAUUGAAAUUGGACAAUAUGAAUGAGGCUGAUGAUAAUCAUGUUCAAGAUAAUAAUUAUUAUUGUGAUAUUAAUGAUAAUCCAUGUCAACAUCGUUUAAAUGAUGUUGAUGUGGUUAUUGUUGAGGAUAAUUUGAAUUGUAGUAGUAGCGCUGAUAAUGAUAAUAAUCAUAGAACAAUGUUAAGCAUCACAAAAAAUGAUGAAACGACCAAGGAUACUGCUACUUGGAAUAAAGUCACACCAACACAGACUACUCCGCAGCCGCCUCAACCUCCGCCAACAACAACAACACCAACCUCAUCUUCCCCAUCAACAGAUUCUGAUUUUAUAUCAGUUGACAUUAGUCAUUCCUCCUCGUCGUCGUCUUCAUCAUCCACAUCGUCAAAUAAUCAAUGUGACGAUGUGACAACCAAUGAUGAUUGUGUUGACAUUGAAAUGAAAUCUAUUGAUACUACUAAGAAUGAUCAAAAAGAUUGUAAAUUUGGAAAUGUGAACGAUUAUCUUACACUUGUUUGGGGUGAUGUUCCUGAAACACUUGAAACGAAUUAA